AUGAGGCAGCCGCACCUCUCGCCGCAGCUCUCCCCCUCCCCGGUCCUCUCCUUCCACUUCUCGCCGCCGGCGACGGGGGCCUCGCCCUGGCGGCGGCGGUUGCACCGGGGGCGGGCCUUCCAACCGCCGCUCUCCUCGCUGCGGGAGCCCAACAAGGCCACGCUCCGCAAGGCGUCGCCCAACGUCCCCUUCCGCCUUGGCGGUGGCGGUGGAGGGAGCGGCAGCCCCAAGGACCGCCGCCCCGCCGCCGACGACAAGGAGGAGGAGGCCGAGGGCGAUGGCGGCGCUGGGGCACUCACAGGGACGCUGAUCGCAGGAGCGCUACUGGUUGGUUUCGUAGGGGGGUUUGGGGCGGCCGGAUACGUGUACAAGGACCAGGUCAACUCCUUCCUCACGCAGUUCUCAGGGUUCAUUGACGGCUAUGGUCCAGCCGGAUAUGCUCUCUUCGUACUUGUAUAUGCAGGGUUGGAGGUUCUCGCAAUUCCUGCAAUACCUUUAACCAUGUCAGCUGGUCUAUUAUUUGGUAGUGUGACCGGUACAAUUAUUGUUUCAGUCGGUGGAACACUAGCUGCAGCGGUGGCCUUCCUUAUUGCUAGAUACUUUGCCAGAGAGAGAAUUCUUAAAUUGGUUGAAGGAAAUAAGAAGUUUCUGGCAAUUGAUAAGGCAAUAGGUGAAAAUGGAUUUAAGGUUGUUACUUUGCUUCGUUUGAGUCCCCUGUUACCUUUCUCCCUUGGGAACUAUCUAUAUGGCCUGACUUCAGUGAAGUUCUUGCCAUAUGUCUUGGGCAGUUGGUUGGGAAUGCUUCCAGGUUCAUGGGCUUACGUCAGUGCUGGUGCAUUCGGGCGAGCUAUAAUUCAAGAUGAGUCGGAAAUUGGUUUGGGAGGAAAUGGACAGCUAUGGACACUGGGUGUUGGGUUAUUGUUUACGGCCAUUGCUGCCACUUAUGUAACAAGGCUCACAAAGGUGAGGACCUAUUUUUGCAUGGACCACAUACCUAUAUAG